GCAGAAGGAGCUGCCGCUGCCUGCUCGAGCCAUCGCUCACGCUCUUCUCGUGGCUGAGGAAAACCACAGCCUGCCAAGAUGUGCAAAGGAUUAGCAGCGCUGCCCCACACGUGCCUGGAGAGGGCCAAGGAGAUCAAGACCAAGCUGGGCACACUGCUCCAGAAGCCCGACUCGGCCAUUGACUUCAUCAUCCUGCACCCAGAGAAGCCGGAGAAGCCUCCCAAGGCCCAGAAGCCGUCACUGGAGGAGGCUCUGCAGUGGCGUGACUCCCUGGAGAAGCUCCUGCAAAACCCCUACGGGCUGGCCAGCUUCCGCAGCUUCCUGCGCUCCGAGUUCAGCGAGGAGAACGCUGAGUUUUGGGUGGCCUGUGAGGAGUACAAGAAAACCAAGUCACCUGAGAAGAUGGUGGAGAAGGCUAAAAAGAUCUACGAGGAGUUCAUUCAGACCGAGGCACCCAAAGAGGUGAACAUUGACCACUUCACCAAGGCUGUGACCAUGAAGAACCUGGUGGAGCCAUCGCUGAGCAGCUUUGACAUGGCCCAGAAGAGGAUCUUUGCCCUGAUGGAGAAAGACUCCCUGCCCAGAUUUGUGCGGUCGGAGUUUUAUCAGGAGUUAAUCAAGUAGCAAGGUGGCAGGGCUGGGCGAGGCGCUCCCCGCGGGUCAUCCCACUGCUUCUCUCUAAACACCUGCCCCUUCUCCUGCAGCUGCUUUGCUUUCUUGAUACCACCCUAGAAGAGCACCCAGGGGAAUUGCUAAACAUCUCCCUCUGUGCUUUGGACUGUCAGAUAUCCCGGUGUUUCCUCUCUUACAGUCUCUUUCCUCUCCCACACAAGACCAAUUAGCAGAAACCCCUGGUGAUCCUCC